ACAGCAAGGGUGAUGGACAGAUGGUUACCCAGGACAGCUGCUGGGACUACAGGGAGACCUUGUCUCAAAAAGACAAAAAAAAAAAAAAAAAAAAAAAAAAAAAAGAAAAAAGAAAGUAUCCUAAAAUAAGAAGUCUUGAGAGAAAGGAACUAUGUCAGAAGAGAAGUAAGAGUCAAGCCUUCAAGUAACAUCAACAAGUCGUAAUUUACAGUAAGAACCAGGGAACUGAAGAGGAGCAUAGCUCUUCCACUGUGUUGAUAACAGCAUGCACGAGAGAUGAUGGUCCAAGCACACUGAUGCCAGCUAUUGAAGAUUCACAAAACCACACUGGCGAGCCUAUUAGAGAUGACUACAAAAAGAUGGGAACACUUUUUGGUGAACUGAACAAAAACCUCCUCAACAUGGGCUUCACAAGGAUGUACUUUGGAGAACGAAUUGUGGAACCAGUCGUGGUCCUUUUCUUUUGGCUUAUGCUGUGGUUCCUUGGCCUACAAGCCCUUGGACUAGUCGCUGUUCUUUGCCUUGUCAUUAUUUACGUGCAACAGUAAAACAGCUGAAUGAGUUGUUGUUGGACAUUUCAUAGCCAUUUAUAUAACUGAUAGAGCUAUACAUUUUGGCUUUUUGAAAAAAUUAAUUUUGACUUGUUUCAUAUUGUGUAUUGACUCUUUUGUGAUUACAAUUAUAAAUGAAUGUUGUUUAAACUAAACUGUUUGUUAUAACAGGAUGAAUAUAUAUUUUGAAUAUACGUUAGUUUAUUCAAAACUCUUCUAUGAUCUACACCCACUUUUAGACAACUCUGUUCCCCAUGCCAGAUUGUAGCUGAUACCACCAGUGAGCAGCAAAAAGAACAAUGUAGAGGUGAAACAACAGUGCAGUUCUUUUAGAGUUCCAAUCGAACAUUGCAGGUGAAAAAGGAAUAAAUAGCUAAAAAUAAGUUUUGAUUGGAAAAUCAUUCCACCUUCACUUCCAUCCAAUAGUCCCACAUUUGGGAGAUAAUUUGUCUUGCUUAGUCCAAACCAAAGUAAAUGGUAAGUACCACAUACCACCUUAGUGUGGAAAGUGAAUACAGCUAGCAAUUUUCUAAACAUUGAAACCAAAUUAUUGCUGAGGAAAUUUUUCAGGGUAAAUAUAUGGUUUUGUUUUGUUUGUUUUUAAUGUUACGCCCAGACCUGGAAUUUCUUCAGUAUAUUGUUUGAAGUUUCAGACAAUUCUGGUGCUAAUUUCCUUUUGUGACUUUUUUGUCUCCUAACCAAGCCUGCAGUGGGCUGUACCUGAUGAUAGUGCCUACCUUGUGCCAUACCAGGUGAACCAGCUGCAUGCUUUUCCUAGACACAUUUCCAUGUAUUUUUUUCAAAGGUUUAUAAUUCAAUACUUCUUUUCUAACAAUUCUUGAUAUUUAACAAUGUAUUUCCUGUCAUAGCAUGGAUUUUUUUCUUCCCAAAAGACUGAUUUAUAUUUGAUCAUUAUUUAAGGAAAAGUCAGAUCGUUUUUCUUUGAUGUUAGUAUAGCAUAAAAUCAGAUGCUUAAAUUCAGAGCUUAAUACCCACUUGGAGUGCUCCGCUAGGGUUAAAGCCAGUUCAUGUUUUUAAUGUGUUUUAAUGCAGCACUGUGGUGUUUUAUAUUGAAAUAAGCAUUUCUUUAAAUACUCUUUGAAAUUGAAAAGUUACUUUGAUAUUUUUGAUUUUGUUAAUCUAAAACCUUUACACUUUUGUCUCAGUCUGUUUGAACAAAGAAAUUUAAAUAGAAAAAAUAAGGCAGUGUGGCAUUUUCUUUGGAAAGGCAGUAACUAAAGCAGUAGAGUGUUUGUUAGGCCACUCAGUUAAGCUCUUACCCAGUGCAAUUUCAAAUUCUGUUCUGUAACUUCUCAGUGUCUUCCAUUCUGAAACAUAAAAUUAUGAAAAUAUUUAACUUAGAUUUCUAAAAUCAGAUAAUCCUGAACAAAAAAGGUCAGGGGCACAAAAAUGUACAUUUGUAUAAAUACAGACCUUAAAUUUUGGCUUUGAAUAAAACAAGCAAGAGUUUGUACUGUGU